AUGUGGAGGAAAUUAUGGCUGUUUAAUAUACCAGGGCUUACAAAGAUCUUUGUUUGGAAGGCUAUUACAAAUUGUCUUCCAACAAAGAAAAAUCUGUUUAAGAGAAAGGUUGUAAAAGAUGCUUUAUGCCCAGUAUGCAGAAAAGAGGAUGAAUCAAUCUGUCAUGCUUUGUGGAGUUGCAGUGGAUCAGGGGAUGUUUGGGCGUGUGAGUGGAGUCCAGUGCAGAAAUGGUCAGCCAAUGAAAGAGAUUUUUUUGAACUUUGGUCUGAAUGGUCUUUGAGGUUGACUCAGGAUCAAAUGGAACUAAUAGCUGUGGUGUUGAGAAGGAUAUGGUUCAGAAUGAAUGGUUGGGUCUUUGAAAAUAGAUUUAAGGGGCCUAAUGAUGUAUUUAGUCAAGCUGCAAAUUGCUUGAGUGAAUACCAGCAGGCACAGGAGACACAGCAGACACAAUCAAAACAAAGUAAUUCUCAAUGUGGUAGAGCUCUACAUUGGAAACCACCUGAAGGGGAUACGGUGAAAGUAAAUUGGGAUGCAGCUCUAAAAAGUGAUGACAGAAAGUGUGGAAUGGGGGUGGUGAUCAGAGACAGUUGUGGUGAUGUUUUAGCCUCAUUAUGCAGUUGCAGAUUGAAUGUUUCAAACCCUGUAAUAGCAUAA